UGUAAUAUAUUAUUAUUAUUGUUACUUGAGUUGUAGCGAUAAUUUAUGUAAAAUAUUAUAUACCAACGCCGCCGUGACAUAGUUCAGUGCUGCGGUUAGUAAUCGCUGUCGUAAUAAUAUUACACAUUUGUGUUCGACGAUCGUCGCGGUGCGUCAUUUACUGUAGAUAACGGUCCGGCCGUUCGCUAUGAGCGCUAAAAAUACGAGUUUCGUCGACACCGACGUCGACUUGCACCUGAAGAUAUCCAAUUACGAGGAGACGGUCAAACAUUUGGACAUCUACUACGGCAUAGUGAAAAGACAAUUGUUGAGAUAUCAAAGUGCAAUAACUGGUCUAUUUCCAGUGAUGUCAGAUGACAAAAAAGUGGCCAGUGUUAGAGAUAGCGUGUAUUGUGCUGCUGCAAUUUGGAGUUUAUUUCAAGCGUAUAGACGAAUUGAUGACGACAGAGGGAAAUCUUAUGAGUUGGGCCAGUCUGCGGUGAAGUGCAUGAGAGGAAUAUUGGCAUGCUGGAUCAGACAGGUGGAUCUAAUAGAAUGUUUUAAAAAACACCAGUGCAAUAAAUUUGCAUUACAUUCAAAAUUUAAUUUGGAAAAUGGUGAUACUGUUUACUCCGGCGAAGGCUAUCCUCAUUUACAGAUUGAUGCAGUAUCAUUGUAUCUCAUAUAUUUAGUCCAAAUGACUACAUCGGGGUUGCAAAUAAUUUAUACGAGAGACGAAGUUGCAUUUGUGCAAAAUUUAGUAUACUAUAUAGAACGUGCGUACAGAACGCCAGAUUAUGCUAUGUGGGAACGAGGUAGUUCGUAUAAUGACAACACUCCUGAAAUUCACGCAAGUUCUAUCGGCAUGGCCAAAAGUGCAUUGGAAUCUAUUAACGGCUGCAAUCUGUUCGGUGACAAAGGAGCCUCUUGGUCUGUAAUAUACGUAGAUAUCGACGCGCACAAUAGGAACAGAAGUAUUUUCGAAACAUUACUGCCUCGAGAAUCUAGUUCGAAAGCUGUCGAUUCAGCGUUGAUAUCAACCGUGUCUUACCCUGGCUUCGCUACUCAUGAAGACGUAUUGGUGUCAUAUACCAAGGCUAAUAUUGUGAAAAAACUCAAAGGCCGCUAUGGGUUCAAACGGUUUAAGAGGGAUGGUUAUAAAUGUGUCAUUGAGGAUAAAAAGAGGAAGUUCUACAACGUCGGAGAAACCAAGGAUUUCGAAAACAUAGAGAACGAAUGGCCUUUAUAUUUUCUGUACAUGAUUAUCGAUGGAGUGUUCAAAAACUUACCAAAUCAGGUUGAGGAGUAUAAAACUCAGUUGAAGGACGUCAUGACCAUCGACAGUUUCGGUGAUCCUUACAUACCAAUGUUCUAUUAUAUCACCAAAGAGAAUGUAGAAUAUGAAAGGGCGGACCCGGGCAGUCAACUGAGGUCUGCAGGUCCGGAGUACGAGGAUGGCCAGGACCCACCGCUAUUUUUGUGGAAUCAAGCGUUAUACGUCAUCGCCCAGCUACUCACAUCCAACUUAUUGCACAUAAACGAACUGGACCCGAUUCGUCGAUACUUACCAUCCUACAACAGGCCCAAACGGCCCGGACGUUACUCAGCAUUUCAGGGGACUGCUACUGAUUUAGUGGUUCAAGUAGUUCUCAUAGCAGAAUCCAUGCGACUGCAAGCGAUGAUGGCUACGUACGGCAUCCAAACACAAACGCCUCACGAAGUUGAACCCGUCCAGAUUUGGUCGUCCACUGAGCUGAUGAAAGUAUACACGAAUUUGGGUAUAAACGACAAAUUAAAAUUGACUGGAAGACCGUUACGGCCCAUUGGUGCGCUUGGGACAAGUAAAAUGUACAGAGUUUGCGGAAUGACUGUUCUGUGUUAUCCGCUUAUAUUUGAAGUAUCCGAGUUUUAUCUCUAUCGAGACAUGUCACUGUUGAUCGAUGACAUUAAAACUGAAUUGAAAUUCGUCAGUAGAUUUUGGCGGCUGUCCGGUAGACCUACGAUUUGCUUGUUAAUACGAGAAGAGCAUAUGCGAGAUCCUCAGUUUGAAGAGAUGUUGGACUUAUUCGCAAUGUUAAAAAAAGGCCAUUGCGACGGCAUCAAAGUGAGAAUUGGAAGAUUACAAAAUUUACUAUCUUCUUCGUGUAUGGAACAUUUGGAUUUUGUGAAUAAUAUCGGUGCACAUGAUUUCGAAUUUCAACCUUUCAAACAAUUGGAGUACGAUUAUAGUGGUUAUCAGAGUUUGACAGAUGUACCCAAAGCUUCGGUUUAUACGGAAGAUAUUAUCAACAUGCAGAACUAUCAGCACAAGAGUACGAACGAAAUUAUCCAGACAAUAAAUGGCGGAAUUGGAUUAUUUUCGCAAGCUCAGCUGUACGGGUUAUUGUUGAAAAGAGAAGGUAUCGAAAAAGAAGUAAACGGAUAUACAAUUAGACAUCAUUUAACAAAUUUGUACCACAGCGCCGGUUGUUUGCAUUACUGGAUUGCCGUACGAUAUUGCAGCAGUAUGUUGCGUCACGCGGUCGACAGCAUCAGUCCAUUUAUAACGACUGUUCUAGUCAACGGAAAACAACUCACCGUCGGGGUCGUGGAUCAAAAGGAAACGGUGUUUGAUAAGCCAAUGACGCCGGCGGCCAUCCACUCAAUAAUGUACUCCACCAUACAACCGUAUAACGUCAUACAAGCCGUAUUACAACAGGAAAUCAUUUUGUACUGUGGUCGGCUGAUAGCCACCAAUCCGGAUAUGUUCAAAGGAAUAUUGAAAAUAAGAGUCGGAUGGGUAAUGGAAGCUAUGACAUUGCAAUUAAAUUCUGGCCUAGAAAAACAAUUAUUAGUCGAAAACUUGAGUCCAUAUGCCAUACGAAAAUUAUUACAAAAAAUAUUCACAGUCAAGGAGUGGGGACAAAGAGAGCAAAUCAAUAUGCUGCAAAAGCGAAAACUCGAGGGUUGCUUGUGCCGGGUGCCCAAUCGAUUCUACAACCAAGUAUGGGACAUCUUAAGACGUACACCCAAAGGUAUUCGGUUCCGGAACCAAAUAAUGCCGCAGCAGCCCACCAUCAACAACAUGACGCACUCAGAGCUUCAAUUCGCGCUGUACGUUGAGAGCAUGUUGAACCAACUCGAAAAGCCUGAGUAUAGACAACUCAUUGUUGAGUUGCUGUGCAUAGUUUCCACGAUACUCAUUCGGAACCCGGAACUCACACUUAAGGAGUUGAACCUAGACAACUUAGUCAUCGAAGCUAACAGGAUGUUUUGCAAGGACAAUCAAAUGACGCGCAGCGACAAUCUGGACGCGUUCAUUUCGUCCAAGUACUCGAUCACCGCCGGGUACUUUGCCAGGGCCGUGGUGAACAAUAUACUGACCGGCGGCCAGUUGGAAACGUCUGCCGUCGACAUAGACGAAGACGAUGAUGGAAACGAUGAUAAAUGCACAGUGUCGUGAGACGCAACCACCCAGUCUCGUGCUAGUCAUAUUUACGAACCGCUGAUAACCAUCGAACCAGCUUGUGUUGUUGAAUGACAAGAGAGAAAACUUGCCGUUAUUUUGUCUUACACAAAUCGGGACGAAACUCACAAAAUGACAGGAAUAUCGCAUACU